AGAUGACGUCAUCGGUGCGCGCCCGAAAGGAGGGGCGCGCGUGGGGUGGUGGAGGUACGGCGGUACGGCGGCCGGGAGGGGCGGUUUGGCCGUCUGUCCGUCUGUCCUGGGGUGGGCGGGGGAGGUCUGUCCGCCUGGCGGCGGGGAAGGGGAACUAUCUGUCCGUCUGUCUGUCCACGGAGCGGGGAGGAAGGCUUCGUCCUGAAGGAGCGAGAGCGUUCAGGGGUGUGUCUGUCCGUCCGUCCGUCCGUAAGUCUGUCCGGGGAGCGGGGUCGGUGUGGGGGGUGGGGGGACGCGUGUUCCCUCAGCGGGCAGUGUGAGAGGCUCUGUCUGUCCGCCUGUCUGUUUGUCGGGGGGCAAAGAUCCCGAGGCGGGGAAGGAGUGACCGUGCUGAGGCUGCGUAUGUCUGUCUGUCUGUCUGUUUGUCCGUCCGGGAAAGGGUCGGUCUGUCCGCCUGAGGGAGGGUCGGUCGGCCGGUCUGUCCGUUCACGGGCGUGGAUGGGGGGAGUCUAUCUGUCUGUCUGUCUGUCUGUCUUCCUGGGGGUUCGGGGAGGGCGGGCAGCCAUCUGCCCGUGGGGUGAACGUCCGUCUGUCCCGGCUGUGAGCCUCCCUUCCCUCUCAGAGCCCCGCCAUGAGCUCCAAGGCCAAACGGGUGUUGCCCACCCGCCCUGAGCCGCCCACCGUGGAGCAGCUCCUGGCCGACGUGCGGGGCGCACCCCCGGCCGACCCCGUCCUCCUGCUCCCGGCUGAGCCUCCCCGGGGCAGCGGCGGUGACCGUGACGGCCCCGCUCCAGGGCAGGAGGACGGCGUGGAGGAACAGGAGCGGCUGUACCGGCAGUGCCGCGGUUACGUGGAAAUGAACCGGCGGCUUCGGGAGGCGCGCGGGGAGCUGGCAGAGAAACGUGACGAACUGCAGAGGGCGGGCAUGGCACUGGAGAGAGACAUCGCCGAGAUGCGGCAGAAGGCGUUCUGACGUCGGGACACAGCACCGCCCGGGGGUCUCACCGGGAUCCCCCCCUGCCCCUGCCUGCAGCCCAGCCUUUAUCCCCACCACGUGGCUGUGUGAGCAGCUCUGCUCCCUGCCAGCACCAUGUCCACACGCCAUCGCUUCACCUAUGACUUCUCCAUCUGGUACUGCCCUGAGGACCACGCCGUCGCCUCCAUCAUCGCUGAGUUCUUGAUGAAAAAGGGCUUCCGAGGCUACUUGGAGCACUGGGACCAGGUGGCCGGCACCCCGGUUGUGCUGAGUGCCACUGAGGCCAUCGGUGCCAGCAGGGUUGGCAUCCUCCUGCUCUCCCCCACAUCCGUGGGGGAUGCGUGGUGCCAACGUGUGUCCGAGUGGAACUUGCAGCACGUCGUGGAGCGCGGUGGCACCAAGGUGCUCCCCGUGUGCCUGG